ACGCCCUCGACUGCACUUCUGGAGAGGGGACACCACUGGCUUGACAAGCAGACCCCAGCAGUCCUUUCUUGCGCGACCAGUCUGUCGACGUCAAGCUUGUCCAUAUAGACACAGAAUCGGCUGCAUCUGAGCAGCUCGCCGUUAUGAAGUGCUUGCUCCCUCCACAUGCGCCCAUGGCGUUUGCCUCAUUCGACGAGUAUGACGUACACUACCAGAAGAUGCACACAAACAGAUGCUCUGAGUGCCAGAAGAACUUCCCUGAUGAGCACAUCCUGCAUUUGCACAUUUCAGAAAAUCAUGAUCCAUUCGUUGCUGCCAGGAGAGACAAGGGCGAACAAACGUAUGCCUGUCUGGUCCCAACAUGCGAUCGUCUCUGCAGCACUGCGCCCAAGCGCCGCAUGCACUGCGUAGACAAGCACCAGUUUCCGAAGAACUAUGACUUCUUCAUCAUUAACGACGGCAUUGAUCGCAGGAACAGCAUGUUGCGACCCACUCAUCGACGACGAUCAAGCACAAUGAUCUCUGCGACUUCAAACGCUGGGAGGCGCAAAGGAGAGUCCUUUGCGAGCGCUGCUGGUGACAGCAUGGACGUGGUGCAGAACAAGGAAGAAGCUCAGGCGGUCAAGCAGCAGCAGCAGCGCGACUCGAGAUCUUCGCACAUCAAACUGCGUGGCCGCGGUGGAUUCAGCCAUCCUCAAGGCUAUGGGCGAGGCCAUGACAGCCAGAAUCAAGCUGCACAGACCUCGGAACAAGAGGGAGGUGAUUCUGUUGAUAGUAUUACUUCCAGCAUGACGGCGUUGCAUUUCGUACCCCACAGCGUGCGGAUGGCACGAGGCAGAGGGCGUGGAAGAGGUGUAUGAUGGCUGCUGGACGUCCUACAAGGCACUGCGCUUUCUUCAAGGUCAGAAACUGAACAACUCCAUUAAAGCCAGGGG